AUGGGAUUUGAGCUACACUAUGCCAACGAAAACUAUUCGGACGGCUAUGUUUCAAAAAUUACAUCGUUCAGGGAUUUUCUAGAGGAAUCAAUUGCAACUCAGCAGUCAACAGUACAAUCGAAGAACGUAGACGCAAAUCGACAAGGAAGUGGAAAUAAUUGUACAGUCUCGAAAUCAUUUGAGAGGGCCAAACUUUUGUCGUUCAAAAGCUGUGGUGAAGAAAUCGACAAUACACCGCCAAUGGGAUUAAAUUCGCAUAACUACUCUUACAUGCUGGACUUUUUGUGCGAAGACUCUCAAUAUAAAUCGGUUUACAUGCGUUCAUUGAAGAAAACGCAAGUCCAAAAGUUCAAUCUUUCACCGGAUCCGGAUGCGAAUCUGUGCAUCUCUCUAUCGCUUGGUAUUGGCUACCACCGACCAUUGAGGCAUCAUGAAAUUCGACUAGGACGUUUGUUAAAAUCCUCGCAAGAGUUACAUUUUUUGGGUUCACAGACCCUGAAAAAUGUCCAAGAGACGUCACUUGUUCCGAAGAUUGGGCUUUCGAUGAUGACUUUACAAAAUCUCAUCCAACGCGCGUUGAUGUUGCGGGGA